AUGGGCUCCAACAGUGCUGAGCAUGAUGUCAUCAAAAAUAACGUAUCAACACAGGCAAACUAUGGGUUGAAGACGAAAUGGCCAGAAGCCUAUGACCUAGCUGGCUCCAACUUGCCGUGUCGUCUUGAAGGAGAGAUUGGCGACCUUGUAGUUUUGGGAGAAAUCCCAAAGGAAAUCGACGGGACCUUUUACAGAGUUAUGACAGACCCUUUCGUGCCACCGCAUCCAGGCAACGUUCCACUCGAUGGCGACGGCCACAUCUCGGCGUUCCGCAUCAAGGACGGAAGAGUGGACAUGAGAAUGCGUUACGUCGAAACAGAGCGUUACAAGCUGGAGAGAAAGGCGAACAAAGCCCUUUUUGGCCUCUAUCGCAACCCUUACACGCACCACCCUUGUGUUCGCGCAGCUGUGGACUCGACGGCAAAUACCAAUCUCGUACUCUGGGCAGACCACCUUCUGGCUCUCAAGGAAGGAGGGCUACCCUAUUCAGUUGACCCCCAUACUCUUGAGACGAUCAAGUACGACCCUUUCGGGCCGCAGGUCCGGUCGAAAACGUUUACAGCACAUCCAAAAGUCGACCCUUACACGAACGAGCUGUUAGUUUUCGGAUAUGAAGCAACAGGUCUUGCAUCCCUCGACAUAGUGAUAUUCGCCCUUGACAGCCAAGGAGUCAAGCACGACGAGCAAUGGAUCAAGUCUCCGUGGUGCGCACCUAUUCAUGAUUGUGCUAUCACGCCGAACUGGAUCAUCUUAGUGCUCUGGCCUUUCGAAGCAAAUGUUGAGAGAAUGAAAAAGGGAGGACACCACUGGGCCUGGGACUACGAUUUGCCGGCGACCUUUGUAGUCAUUCCCCGCCGCAGUACGACCCCGCUGCCCCCCGGUUGGAAGCCCGGUGAGCAUAGGGUAUACUCGUGGGAGAAUUGCAUGCUUAUCCACACUGGCGGUGCAUGGGAGAGUGAAGAUGGGUCCACGUUGCGAAUAGAAACGACGCGCGUCCACGAUAACGGUUUCCCCUUUUUCCCAACGAACGACGGUAGACUGCCAGCACCCGACCCGGCUUCCGACUACGUCUGCUGGACACUGGACUUAUCACAGCCAAAUAACAGCAAAGUAUGCGACCCGGAAGUUAUUCUUAACUUACCGUCCGAGUUCCCACGGAUAGAUGAGAGAUUUCUCACGCAGAGCUACAAUUGCGUCUGGAUCAAUGUUCAUAUUGAUGAGAGCCAAGGCGCAAAUGGGCACACGCUAGUCCAUGGACUCAACGGGCUUGCGAUGCACAACAAAUCAAGCGGCAAAACAGAAUACUUUUACGCUGGCUCCCAGUCAUUUGUCCAAGAGCCUAUCUUUAUCCCGAGAAGCGAUAAUGCCCCGGAAGGAGACGGUUGGGUGAUGGCCAUGGUGGAGCGCAGAGGAGCAAACAGAAACGAGAUCGUUGUGCUGGACACCAGGAGCUUUGGGAAGCCUAUCGCCGUGAUUCAGCUGCCAUUCCAUGUCAAAGCUCAGGUUCAUGGUAAUUGGGUGGACCAAAGACGUCUCAAGAGCUGGAAAAAGCUUGCGAGAGAGGUAGAGGCCGGACCAAUUAGCGGUUUAGGAGCUCUUGAACCUCUGUGA